AUGCAUAACGACGACGAUUUCAAGACCUUUCUGAAAACUAGUCUCUGCAGAUUGGAGAAGAAAAUGGACAAGCUAAAUGAGGAGCAGCGCUCGAUAACCGAAAGGUUUGAAAUAAUGGAGAAAAAACAGGAAGAUUUUGAACGUUCGCUAAACGAAACUUCAAUCGAGGUGUCCGAACUGAAAAACAACCACAUGGCCGUUGAUGGUCGAUUGGAGCAAGCCGAAAAACAAAUUGAGGAACUGGAAUCUAAACUGAAAGAAAGCGAAGAGGAAUCACUGAGGAUAACACGAUAUUCAAGGUCUUUCAACCUAAGAUUUGGUGGUAUUGAGACGAGCACAGGAGAGAACUGCAUUGAAACACUCAUCAAUCUGCUGAAAGACAAGCUUGGUUUCGAAGACCCUGCCGCAAUGAUAGAAAACGUGCACCGAAUCUACACAGGAAACCGACCUGCAUCUAGAGUGUCCAAAUCUCCUCCUCAUAUUAUUGUUAAGUUUCUGAGAUGA